AGCGGAAAUUAUACAGACGUUACCUUCUCUCUCUCUUCCUCCACUUGCAAAUCGCCAAAUCGCAAAACACUCACUUUCACAGUUUCACAGUUUCAGGUUUCUCUUUCAAGCCUCCCCACCUAGGCACCUACCCUUUGUCGUUUUGCUCGGGGAGGUAGAGCUCAAGUAGAAGCCAAUAUUUCGUGGCGAUUGUUGUUUUGGGAUUUCUAUUAGGUGAUUUUGGAGAAUGGCUAGUUGCUCAUCUGGUAUUAGGCUAUCUCAAUUUGGGAACUUGCAAAAUGGUAGCUUUUCUGAGAUUGGGGUGUCAAGAUUGGUUUUUGUUAAGAUCCAAGGCAAUACGAGGAAUGGGUAUUUGGCGUGCAGGAGUAGCAAGUCUAGGUUUUUAGUCAAGAACUCGUUGGGUGAAGAGUGUGAGCCACAAUCUGGUGCUAGUUUUAGCGCGGUAUUGAAAGAGAGUGACAGUUCGAUUGUUAGCACAGGGGCUGAGGUUCUGGAUUCCAGUUAUGUAGCUAUAACCGAUAGCUUUAGCGGUGGCGGUGAUGGGGAUUUAAUUGAUGGGAAUGGUGGAAACGGGAAGUUUCCAGGCGGGGGUGGCGGGGGGAAUGGCAAUGAGGGAGAUGACAAAGAGGAAGAUGAGUUUGGGCCAUUACUGAAGUUUGAGGAAGUAAUGAGGGAGACCGAGGCUCGAGGUGCUACUCUUCCUGCUGAUAUGUUAGAGGCUGCAAAGAGUGCAGGGAUUAGGAAAGUCCUGUUGCUUAGAUAUUUGGACUUGCAGGCAUCUGCGUGGCCUGUAGGACCUGCAAUGAGGUCGUUUUCCAUGCUUAGGAAUCGAAUGUUGGCCGAUCCAUCCUUCCUUUUCAAAGUUGGAACGGAGAUAGUUAUUGAUACGACCUGUGCGACAUUUGCUGAAGUCCAAAAGAGGGGCAAGGACUUCUGGGCAGAAUUUGAAUUGUACGCUGCAGAUAUGUUGGUCGGGGUUGUUGUUAAUGUUGCUUUAGUUGGUCUGUUAGCACCAUAUGCUCGGAUUGGACAACCAUCUGCAUCUCAAGGAUUUCUGGGUCGAUUGCAGAGGGCUUAUGGAGCUCUUCCAAGCAGUGUAUUUGAAGCUGAAAGGCCAGGCUGUAAGUUUACAGUAAAUCAGAGAAUCGCUGCAUACUUUUACAAGGGCAUUCUGUAUGGAUUUGUUGGGUUUGGAUGCGGUAUCAUCGGCCAAGGAAUUGCAAAUCUAAUAAUGACUGCCAAGCGGAAUGUCAAAAAAUCAGAACAUGAUAUACCUGUUCCACCUCUCAUAAAGAGUGCAGCACUAUGGGGCGUUUUCCUAGGAGUAUCUUCAAACACGCGACUGCAGAUUGUGACCGGUUUGGAGCGGCUAGUGGAAUCAUCGCCAGCAGCGAAGCAAUUUCCGCCCGUGGCAAUGGCGUUCACAGUCGGGGUGCGAUUCGCCAACAAUGUCUAUGCUGGGAUGCAGUUUGUGGACUGGGCCAGGUGGAGUGGUGUGCAAUAAGUAUCCCGGGUUCUGGUUGAGAUGAACCAUUUCUAUGUUUUUCUCACUUGAACAAGAAACAGAACAUCUUGGUUUAGUAUUAGUAUUAGAAUGCAUUGGGGGAUAUACAAGGAUACCUUGAUGCUAUUUCUGUUGCAAGUAUGCUUGUUGGGGGAGCAUCAUAUGCUUCCACUCUUACUUGUUUCUUUUUAGAUUUUCUUUAUGGAAAUGUUUUUCUUAAUGCUUAUAUAGCUUUUCGCUGCUCAUCACCUAGUUAAGUAUAUAUUCAUUAUGUUUGAA